AUGAACCUGAUUGAUCGUCUAUUGGGCUGUGCCUACGGACAGGCGCUAGGUGACGCUUAUGGUCUAUCGACUGAGUUUCAGAAGCAUUGCGAAGUGGCAAUUACUUAUCCAGAUGCAACACAACUGAUUGCAUUUCCGAACUAUGUUCAAACUCAACAUUCUGCUCGACGGAUACGUGGUGAUUGGACGGAUGAUACAGAUCAGUGGUUGUUACUCAUGGAAACCUUGAGUGAACACGAUGGCGAUGUGAAAAUCUUUGUGAGAAAAUUGAAUAUGUGGAUUCGACAUGGGUUUCCUGAAUUCGACGAUUUCGGAGGUUUAGGAUUGGGUGUCAAUGUAGCUAAGGUGAAAUCAACGACUAUUCAAAUGUGUCAAACUACUCAUUUCGACCCACGAUGUGUCGCAUCGUGUGUAGCAGUAUGUCUUGCCAUUGCUUAUAUCAUUCGAUCGCCUGACGAUGAUCUGGAAUCACUCAUCGGUCGUGUUCAACAAGAGACAUUGACCACAGUAGGCGAUGAUCUUUUACCAAUCUAUCGAGAAGAAUUCCUGUGGUAUACCAGUCAAGAUCGAACCUUAGAUGAUCUUCGUCUUGACGAUGAAAAAGUCAUCGGUUACACGUUUAAAUGUUUAGCCGCAGGUUUCUAUGGUUUAAGAUCUACACGCUCAUUUCAAGAGACACUGAACGAUUUGAUUCGACAGGGAGGCGAUGCCGACACCAAUGGAGCUGUAUGUGGGACCAUGUAUGGUGCAAGACAUGGCUACAAAGCGUUGCCGUCUGAAUGGCUCAGAGCAAUGCCCUAUAAAAAAAUGGUUCGAUAA